GUCAGUCAGAGAUACCUGGCCUCCCCUCUGGCGCGCUCAGGGAACACAGCAUGUUUGCAGAUAGGCGACGGCUGCUGUUGCGAGUUGAGCAUCUGUGCCUUUAAAGACUUGUGAGCGCGUCUCUAUCAGAGCCCGCAGUCAACUUCCCACAACUCCGACGCGCUCGGCGAGUAGAGUAGAGCGACCUUAACCAGAAAGGCACUGGCUCACCUUCACAGCUAGACCCAUGGAAUAAUAACUAUGGAAUACCACUGGAUACUGCUGUCUGUCUUUUUACAGUUAACCUUCCAUCCAGGCAACACAAAGCCCACUAUCACCCCCAUUGAGCACGGCCGCCUUGUCAUCGAUCUCAACAAACCAUUCAAUCUGCAUUGCCACGGUGAGAAGGAGAUGCAGUGGCAGCGGGAAGACCGACCGAAUGUGAAGCUGCGGGGGGAGAAAAAGAUCGAUGGGAUGUCCACGCUGCACGUCACCAGGGCUCAGCCUCUUCACAUGGGCCGCUACAUCUGCCUGGAGAAGAGCUCUGGGGAGCAAGCCUCCAUCUACAUCUAUGUUAGAGAUCCUGACAGUCCCUUCAGAAAAUCAAUGGUGUUCAACAUUCUCACUCGUGUGGGAGACACUGCUUCCAUCCCCUGCCUGGCAACAGAUCCAAGUCUGGACAGUCUGCGCCUGGAAACAUGCUCCAGUAGUGCUCUGGCCUCUGGUCUUCAGUAUAGUGCGAGCCUGGAGCAAGGCAUCAUAAUCCACAACACCCAAAAGGCCUACGAAGGUUGCUAUGUGUGUACAGGAAAACUCAGGGAAAAGCACAUCAGGUCACGCGACUACUACCUGACAGUGAAACCAGUCCCCGUUGCUCCACCUGUCAUUGAGAUGCAGGCCCCCAAAAGAGUGAUUCUCACUCUGAAUGAGAGUCUCUCCCUCACCUGCAACACCACCAAUGUCAAUGGAGACAUAAAGGUCCAGUGGGUGAAGCCACCUGGCUCGGGUGCCGUCUGGUAUCCACAGCAACCAGCAAAGGUUGACGGUGCUUCACGUAUCCUGACGGAGAACUUCACUCAUGUGCGCAGCUCCACGCUGCAAAUCGCAGUGGUCGGGCCACAAGACGCUGGGAGGUACCAAUGUGAAGCUGAGAAUGAAAAAGGGGUCAGCACGCAGUCAGUGUGGCUCGAUGUUUAUGACAAAGGAUUCAUCAACUUAACACCCACAAGCAACAGAACCAUCCAUGUCCGCUCAGGGGAGAGUUUGUCCCUAAAUGUUGACAUGGAGGCUUAUCCAAAACCACACAUCUUCUCCUGGAGCUUCAUGGGCAGUGAGCUGAGGAACACAACCGACCAUGUCAUCACCACACACAGCCAUGAAUAUAGGUUCAUCAGUGAGCUGAGGCUGGUGCGGCUGAAAACGUCAGAAGGAGGGGUUUACACCUUUCGAGCCUCCAACAGCAAUGCAUCAGUAAAUCAGACGUUCACCAUCUUUGUGAUGAGUAAACCUGAGAUUGUAUCUCAAGAGGGCCCAGUGGACGGACAGGUACGCUGUGUGGCAGAGGGGUUUCCUGCCCCCCAGAUCACCUGGUACUACUGUGAGCAGCCGUAUAUAAGGUGCUCCCAGCAGGUGAAUGCCACCCAGGAGGAGCACAAUGUCAUCACUGUCACACUGUUCAGCCCAAUGUUUGGGAAGACGGAGGUGGAGAGUCGUGUGAACAUCAGCAGGGGACGGUUCAACACCCUGGAGUGUGUGGCUACGGUGGAGGGAGAGCAGGCCUACACGCUCUUCUCUAUCAGUGAGAGAAUCGUUCCCCAUGAUCUGUUCACCCCACUGCUGAUUGGCUCUGUAACAGCAGCAGGCAUCCUCUGUCUCGUCCUCAUCAUGCUGUUCUACAAGUACAUGCAGAAACCCAAAUACCAGAUUCAGUGGAAAGUUAUUGAAGGCAUCCAUGGAAACAACUACGUGUACAUUGACCCCACCCAGCUACCGUACGAUCAUCAGUGGGAGUUUCCCCGGAACAACCUGCGUUUCGGUAAGACGCUGGGAUCUGGUGCAUUCGGAAAAGUGGUGGAAGCCACUGCAUAUGGGCUCUCCAAGGCAGAUUCAGUCAUGACAGUGGCUGUGAAAAUGCUCAAAUCAAGCGCUCAUGCCACAGAGAAAGAGGCACUGAUGUCAGAGCUGAAAGUCCUCAGUUACUUGGGAAACCACAUGAAUAUUGUCAACCUGCUGGGAGCCUGCACUGUUGGAGGGCCUACACUUGUGAUAACAGAGUACUGCUGCUUUGGAGACCUUCUUAACUUUCUACGCCGAAAGAGAGAAUCUUUCAUCUGCUUUAAGAUGGAGGAAGACUGCUACUACCGCAAUAUCACACCGCAGAGAGACACAGCUGGAGACAGCUUGAAUGGCUACAUGACCAUGAGGCCUUCUGUUGCUGGCAACCCUCCCUUCAGCUCGUCCUCUGAGAAGAGACGCUCACUACGCAAAGGUGGCUCCUAUGUUGAAACAGAUGCAGAGAGUGAGAUGUUUGACGAGGAUGGUCUGUCUCUGGACACAGAAGACCUUCUCAGUUUCUCAUACCAAGUGGCUAAAGGCAUGGAGUUCUUAGCCUCCAAAAAUUGUAUUCACAGAGACCUGGCAGCCAGAAAUAUCCUCCUGACUCAAGGAAGAGUGGCAAAGAUCUGUGAUUUUGGCCUGGCCCGGGACAUCACCACAGACUCCAACUAUGUAGUCAAAGGAAAUGCACGUCUGCCAGUGAAAUGGAUGUCUCCAGAAAGUAUUUUUGAGUGCGUGUACACAUUUGAAAGUGAUGUAUGGUCCUAUGGAAUCUUGCUUUGGGAAAUCUUCUCAUUAGGAAACAGUCCUUAUCCUGGUAUGCCUGUGGAUGCCAAGUUCUACAAACUGAUAAAGGAAGGAUACAGAAUGGACGCUCCAGAGUUUGCACCCAGUGAAAUGUAUCAGAUUAUGAGGUCCUGCUGGGAUGCUGACCCCUUCAACAGACCCCCCUUCAGGAAGGUCGUGGAAAGGAUUGAACAACAGCUGUCAGAUGCCACAAAGCAUAUUUAUCUGAACUUCAGCUUCAGGCUUCCUGUGACACCCAGAGCCAGGGAGGAGCCCAGUUCUCAGAGCACAGCAUUACACCGUCUCAACUCAGCAGGCACUAACAGCGCUCCAACCCAGCCCUUACUGAUCCAGCACGAGGUCUUCCUGGAGGGGACAACCCUCACAGCCCAACGGGUGUAAGGACCCACCCAACCUGUCUGGCUGCCUCAUAAAGUGCCUGUAAUGUUCCGCCACAAAUAACCCAACCACUACACCCGCCCACUGCCCCGGUACCAGCGGCACUUGUUGUCAUGUGUUGCAGACGGAAUGGUAAUUGCCAUCUAUUACAAGAAAGAACAACAAAGGACGUAUGGCUUUUAUCAUUGCUAUCACUAUUAUUGCCUACUGAUUAGAGGGAGGACAGUUGGACUAAUGCUUCCCUGCUCACAGCAAAUGUUGAGGUACCGGGGAGGGUGGAGGGACAUCAGCCGUUACUCUAAAACUGUCAUUAAGUACACUAUUACACUGUUCUCUGUUUUGUUAUUUUCCGUUUUUUCAGUCACAUUUUUCCUACACAUUUCAUAAACAUUGUUUUGUUGUUUUUUAGGCACUCCAUAUAUAACUCUUACUUUCUAUCAACUGGAUUUAUUUUCUUUUUACAUUUUGUGUUUUGUUAUUCUUUGUUGUUUUUCUGUCAUGGAAAUUUAUGUAGCAUUUUUAUUUUUGGUUGGCUGUUGCAAUUGUUGGAGGAAAAAAAAAAGCACUUGAGGCACUUGAACUUCACAUCAUUCAACACACCAUGUAAUGCAGCUUUUGUUUCUUUUUAUUCCUUUAUUGUCAGUAUUAUUUCCAACUGUUCAGAUCUAUGUUUGUGAGAAGGAAAUACUUUUUGGGGGCCAAUUUAAAUUGAGAUAUCAAGACACUGGUAUAUAAGCUAUUAGACAGCAUGGUUGGUCAUGCUUAGAGUCCAUAAGUGCUUAAAGUCUUUUAGGAGAUACAUUUCUGCUCUUUUUAUGAUGGAUGUUACCACCCACAGAGUAAAAAACUGUCUUUACUGAAUCUGAUUAACACAUACUAUGGAUCAGCCCACAAUUACUCUACACACAGUUGUCUUCAGAGAUAUGGUAUAGACAUGGUACGCUAGCUUUUCAUUUAUGUGCUUGUUGACUGUAUAUGUGUACAUAUCUGAAGGUAAUGAUAAUGGUCAUUGCUAUAAUAUGAUGAGAUGGGAGGAGCUUAACAAAGGAGACACUCUGAAGCUCAUAGCUCUUAGCAUUAGUCUCAGCUUUGUUACAUUGGCAGGUAAAGCAGGUGUAUAGUUUCACUUUUUGACAGCUGGACUGCUGGAGAGUUCUCUUGUAAAGGUGUAAAUAAGUGUUCAGGUUUAUAUGGUUCCCCUCCUGCCACAUUCAGUGUAUGAUCUUUGUUUACAAGCACGAGACAGGUACUGCCAUUCCUGAGAUAUGUUUUCGUUGCUUUUCACUCUCUUUCCCUUCACGAAGGACCGGGAAACGGGAACCUUUAUGUUUUGGCUGACAGGCAGUUGGUGUGUUUUUUGCUACUCCAUGCUGCUGCUGCAGUUGUCUGUUGUGUAGUAUAUAUCAUGGUCAAGUCAGCGUGACACUCGUAUGUAUGAAAUGCCAUGAAGUGGACUGCAGUAUUCCCUAAGGUGACAAGUCAGAGGAAAACGGAGGGUCUUCAAGGCUCUUUGUUCAGAUGUCGACACUGGGUGCAGAGUUCAGUUUCAGUGUGUUGGUCAUCUCAUUGUUCUCCGGCCAGUAGCUGGUUUCCCAGCAGUCCUUCUCUUCUUUGUAUCCAGCUGUUUCCUCCAUCAGAAGUGGGACUUUCAGCACCUCUCAGCCAGUAGUCUGUAUCAGUCCAGACCAUUAUGAUUCCCCUCUUCUUCACUGGUGGAUGUUGUUGUGAAGAGCACCAGGAAAGUGUCCUGUUUGUGUGUAUGAACGUGUGUGUGUGUGUGUGAGAGAGAGAGAGAGAGUGGGUUCACGUCUGCUUGUCUUUGUGUGCAUGUCGGUAUGAAUGCUGAAUUAAAAGAUUUACUGUUAAGAGGUGCCACUACUAAAUAUUCAUCAAGUCAUUUAGGCUAUUAAAACCCCACAGUCUUACUGCUCUGUCUUUUUGUAAAUAUAAAUGUGCGUAUAUUGUAAAAUAAUGUUGACGCUUUUGAAGAUGUUUAUCUUAAUGAAGACGUGGUACAUUGAUGCAGAAUUUUAUUGUGCUGUAUUUUCUUAUGUGUGCACAGAUUUCCAACUGUAGAUUCAACUGGAAAAGCUGCUUGUAUCUCUGUCACCAUGGAAACUUAAAAAGGAGGAGAUUCGCUUUGGCAAAUGUUUUAAUUUUGGCUAAUUCAUCAUUUCAACCAGUCAUGCCAGUUCACUUGGAAUCUGCCACAGAAACACUGCUCUUAACGGUCAUAUCUGAUCACCAAUAUUAAUGGCAAUAUCAGUAAAAAUGAAAAUACUAACUAGAACUAGGAAGGAGAUAUAAUAGAGGAAUAAUAGAGAUUAUUUUUCAUCUCAUUGCUCCCCUCAGAAUUUUCCCGCAUUUUGCUAUAUAUUUAUUAAAGGCUUUAGUGUUACAGUGUAAAAAUUUGAUGUGUUGCUAUUACAUGUGUCAAUGUAAAUAAAAUUGUGUAUUAUAAAUUCCCAGUUAAA